AUGGAAUAUUUCGAACUCCCUCUAUCAAGCAGUGAUGUCAUAUCCGGUCGCUAUAGCAUCCCGUCUAGAGAUCCUAGAUCGCUACAGAAUCGGCCACUUAUUGUAUGCAUCCCGGGUGGCAGCUAUGGGGCCCGAUACUUUGAUGUAGAGGGCACCCAGUCUGUCUUGGAACUCUCAACAUGUCUCAACAUCCCGGUAAUCGCACUGGACCGACCUGGCUACGGAGCAAGCACGCCAGCCCCCAACAUCGAAAAUGCACCUACUUAUGCGCAAGCACAAGGGAGGUACUUCAAUUCAACGAUUCUUCCUGCAUUGUGGCAGGCUUUCGCAACUCGUGCAGAAGCAUCAUCAAUGGUACUGCUGUCACAUUCUAUCGGCGCAAUGAUCGCGACAAUCUCUGCUGGGUGUUACACCGGGCUUGAGAACUAUCCGCUGGCAGGUAUUAUUACUUCUGGAAUUGGCAGCGAGCUUGUGGAAGGGCCCAAAAACCAUAUGAUACAUCUAUUAAGUGGAGACGACGACCUCAUUCACUUCGAAGCAGUAGCAAAGGACGCCAUCAUGUUGCAGCUGCCGCAUAUGAAGCUCGCACCGCCAGAGAUGCGACAAUUUACCGAGCAAUUGAACGAACCGGUACCCAGUGGCGAGCUGCGGGAUAUCAACACGACCUGGCUGAAUUACUGGAAGCAGUAUUCUACGAAAGUCACAGUCCCGCUACUACAUGGCUUGAGUGAAUUUGAUGGCCUCUGGACCUGUUCUUCGACAGCUCUUGAAGCGUACAAGGCGGCCUUUCCCCGAAGUCCGAAGGUGGCCUGUGAAAGGAUCCCAAUGGCCCCACACUGUAUCGAGCUGAGCUUCCAAAGUCAUGCCUGGUAUAUGAAGUGUUUCGCGUUUGCGGUUGAGUGCACGGUAUCACAAUCGCUCCAGAGUGCAUCGCAAGCCUGUGAGGGAUGA